AAAUCUAUGCAUGCAAUGUUUAUUUAAUCCUUACCUGUAUGUGAGUGUGUAUUGUUCUCAAUAUGUGCUCAACGAGAUUUUGGGGUUUACCCCACAUCUGGCCCAAAAGUCAACUGCGGUCAAGCCAGCUGGGAUAAGUGCCUAGUGGUAUACAGAAAAAUGAAUGAAUGGAAUUUGGUUGAGGAAGCUGUGGAAAGGGAGACAAUACAACGACUAACAGCAUCACAUGCUAAGUCCUGUUUUAACCCAAAUCAUUUGAAUCUCAUCAUGCCAUCUGUCUGGGGGAGACAGCAUCAUUUUGGCUCUAGCUUGAGCCCUCCUUCUCUAUAUUGUUGGUCAAUUGCGUUAGCCAACUGGUUCUCAUGUGAGUGUAGUUUUCCUACUGCCUUUCCUGCAGUGUCUCUGGUUGAGGACGUUUCAAGUUAAGGAUUCUGGGAUUCCUGAACCACCAAAAUGGAUAAACUACAGACACCUGACCCAACUGAACAAAGGGGUUCUGAUGAAACCCCUGCAAAGCAGCGGGUCACAUCCUGCCUACUGUGUGCGGCCUUCUUUGGUGCCUUGGGCUCGUCUUUCCUUUAUGGCUACAACCUCUCUGUCGUCAAUGCUCCGGCACCGUACAUUAAAGCUUUUUACAAUCGGACAUUGAUGGAGAGAUACAACGAGCCUGUCAGAGCAGAGACGAUUACUCUCCUCUGGUCCAUCACAGUCUCCAUAUUUGCCAUUGGGGGCCUUUUUGGAGCGCUUGCUGUCUCCUGGCUCCUAAAAAUACUUGGAAGAAAGGGAACCUUGUUGCUGAAUAACAUCUUUGCUGUGAUAGCUGCAUUGCUGCUCACCUUUGGCGAGAGGGCACAGUCCUUUGAGAUGCUCAUUAUUGGCCGCUUUAUAAUGGGAGUGGACUCUGGUAUAGCUCUCAGCGUACUACCUAUGUAUCUUGGAGAAAUUUCCCCAAGAUAUAUCCGCGGUUCCAUCGGUCAGUUCAACUCUAUUCUGAUCUGUCUUGGAGUGUUCUUUGGUCAGGUGCUGGGCCUGCCUGAGCUGCUAGGCCAGGAGUCCAAAUGGAACUACUUAUUUUCUUUCCUGGCAUUGCCGGCUGUGCUGCAGCUCUGCGUUAUGCCUUUCCUUCCAGAGAGUCCUCGCUACCUGCUGAUUGAGAAGAGGGAUCAGGCUGCCACAGAGAAAGCCUUUCAGAGAUUCCUUGAAAAAAAGGAUGUUUCUCUUGAAUUGGAAGAGGUCCAUGCAGAGGCACGAGCUCAGGAAACUCUCCACACAGUUUCAGUCUUACACCUCCUGAGGAGUCGGCCGGUUCGAUGGCAGCUCAUCACCGUCUUGGUCACAAUGACCAGCUAUCAGCUGUGCGGCCUCAACGCUAUCUGGUACUACACCAGUGGGAUCCUACAGGAAGCAGGAAUUGCUAAGAAUAUUGUCCCAUACAUAACCCUCAGCACCGGGGGUGUAGAGACUUUCUCCGCCAUCAUCUCUGGUUUAGUAAUAGAGCGCAUUGGGCGAAAACCUCUGCUCAUAUUUGGCUUCAGCGCCAUGGCGGUGUUCUUCAGCCUACUCACUGUGUUCCUGAAUUUUCAAGACCGUGUGGCAUGGAUGCCUUACCUCAGUUAUGUCUGCAUACUAGGAGUAAUUGCUUCCUUCUGCUCCGGACCAGGAGGCAUCCCAUUUAUCCUGACUGGUGAACUGUUUGAACAAUCGUACAGGCCUGCCGCCUUCAUGAUUGCAGGCAUUGUGAACUGGCUGUCCAACUUUGCAGUUGGCCUCUUGUUCCCAUUUAUACAGGAGACCCUGAAGACAUUUUCCUUUCUGGUUUUUGUGGGGGUCUGCGUUUUGGCAUCGAUCUACCUCUUUUUCAUCCUCCCUGAAACCAAAAGUAAAACAUUUAUGGACAUAAGCCAGAGUUUUGCCAAGAUCAACAAAGUCCCCAUCCCCGCCACGACCCAUGAAAUGAAGCUUGUUCUGUGUAUUGAGCAAGAUAUGAACGGAGAAGUGCAAAAUGGCUUUAAGGUGGAGAGUUCCUUUUAAAUCAACACAAGUUGUCAUGGGGGGAGCAUGAAGAUACACAGUAACAAAAUUAUUUUUAUAUAUUCAUCACAUGACCGACAUGCAACGUGUUAAGAUUUCAAGCAAUGAUUCAGAUUUAAAAAGAUCGUCAUAUCAACUUUCCCUCAUGCAUAAAAAAUAAUGUGUAGCAGUAUUGUCAUUUAGUCAUUUUCACACAGUAGAUAAUCACUUUCAAUAUUCUUAAGAGAGAGGAUAAACAUGCCAUAGCAACUUUGCAUUUUGCAUCUUACAGAUAAUGUGUAAUUAUCCCAAAUUAAAUCAUUCAAUCGUAAUCGGAAAAGUCGUCUGGAGCCGAGACACAACUUAAUCUAGUGAUCUUCUCGAAAAUUUACUUGUAAUUUUCAUCGUUCAGAGAUACCUGAUUGUUGUCAGGUUAGCCUCUCAGUGAGCACUCCAGCCCUUUUAUUUUGAGCGUUGGUUGACUUUACAAUGGCUGAAAAAAAGUAUUCAACACGCCACCUUUUUUCUCACCAAAUGUUUUUCCAAAGGUGCCAGGGGAAUUUUCACCUGAUGAUGUGAACAGCCCAAGUAAUAGAUACAUACAAAAAAAGUGGAACAAAUAAUAUAAGAAAUUAAGGUGUCUGUAAUAAUGUGAAAUGACAAAGGGAAAUGUAUUGAACAAAAAAGAAUCUGAAAUCUUCCAAUCAUGAAAAAGUAAUCCAGGCCUUUGUCAGUGCAACUGAAUAUCAGCGGCUUCCAUCUUAAUUGAUGGCCUACAACGUGGUCUCUUUUACAAGGUGUAAAUGAAGACCUACUCCCGAAGGACCCCCCCACAGGACUCAAUAAGGGACAUGGUUGAACACCUUAUCCAAGUCAACAAGACACAUGUAGACUGGUUAGGCCAACUUCUAUGUACCUUAAGGACCCUGCCGAGGUGUAGAGCUGGUCCAUUGUUCCACAGCGAGGAUGAAAAGCACAUUGCUCCUCGUGAAUGUGAGAUUUGACUCCCUGAAGGACCCUUCUCUCCAGCACCCUUGAAUAAAAUUUAUCAGGGAGGCUGAGGAGUGUGAUCGCCCUUUAUUUAGAACACACCCUCGGGUCCCCUUGAAAAAUGGGACCACCACCUCAGUUUGCCAAUCCAAAGGCACUGCGCCCAACUCAUAUGGCCCCUCCUGCAGAAGGUGAGCCCAUGCGAAAGGGGACAUUACAUUACCCUUUUGGGCUGUACCUGGCCUAGCCCCAUGCGUCCAGGCUCGGCCACCAGAUGCUCCCCUUUAAGCCUUACCGCCAAGCCUGGCUCCAGAGAGUGACCCCUGUGACCCUGUCCGGGCAAGGGAAACCGAGAUCCAAUUCUUGUAUUCGUCAUAGGGGUUUAUGGAGCCCUACUAUAUCUGGUCCCUCACCUAAGACCCUUUUUCCAUUGGCUAUCCUUGCAGGGGUGUGAAGCCCCAGACAACUUAGCUCUUCGGCUCAUUGGGACACACAAUCCACCAAGAUAACGUGUCGGCUCAAGGAGUGGUCACCCUUUUGUGACUGGGGACUAUGUUCUCAGAUUUGGAGCCUCUGAUUUUCAGCAAAGAUGCAAUACUGAACCCACCAAACUGGACGCCCUUUAAGGCUUGGCUGCACCUAGAACAGGGGUGGUCAAUGUGUCAAUCACGAUCGACCUGUCGAUUGGGAGGCAGUUUUGGUCGAUCACGUGACGGCGUGCCAAAAAAAAAAAAAAAAAAAGAUGUCAGCCUAUCAUCCGCCUCGUUGGCUGAAGUCUUCUCCAGCACCUCCUCCAAAGAGUUCCGCAGUUCCCAAAAAUAAUGGGUACUGUGAACUGUGAAAGUUUUCUUACAAUGAUAUUUCAGUGACCAUUGUGUUUUUGUGAGUAUGCGUGUCCAUUUGAGUGUACAACUGUGGCACAAACCUGAAGUUUGGUUGGUGGUCACCGUAGGUACUCUACUCAAUAUAAGUGUUACCCCCAUGAUUAGCUUCAGGGAAUGGCAUGUAACCCCAGGGCCACUACAGUGUCGAGGAAUUUUCACAGAAAAAAAAGAUGACAGAUGCUGCUGAAAAUUUUGCUGCGAGUGGAAGCUGUAAAACAACCAUAACUCUGCCACUCUAAAACCCAAAAGGCCAUGUAGUGUGGCUAACUCCUACCACAUUGUGUUAGCUGAUCGAGGAAAUUAAUUGGACUGAAGCAGACAAGCGUACAAUUGGGGAGCAGAUACAGUUCCCCGCACAAUGAGAUGUCCUGAGUAUUUAUCAGGUUACUGGCUAUAAGAUUAAAACAUAUCAACACAGAGGUUCUAUGAAUACAAUAAACGAGGUUUUAAACUAGUGUUUAAGAAAAGAAAUAUACAUUCUUUUGGAGUAAUUUUCCUCAUUCUUCCCUCUCUCCCAGCUUGCCCUUAUGUUCCGGUUCUGCCUUUUACAUCUACCACAUGUUGUCCUUGUUGUUGGCAUUGACUGUGAUGGUUGUUUUAUUGCAUUGAAUUUUGCUGUUACUCAAUUUUCAUUUUGUCUACCCAUUAAAUUCAUUUUUCCGUUG